UUCACAUAUGGUAUUAUUACAUUUAACUAGAAAAUUAGAAAAACUUUAGAUCGUGAAAAUAGAAAACCAAAGAAAUGGCUAUAAAAUUACUUUGUUCCAUUUAUUCCUAAAUGGUCCCAGAAAAUUGUAGAUAAUAAAAAGAAAUCUAUCUUCUUUCUUCUAUGUUUGGGAUUGUUUGCUUAUUAUGAAGGGUUCUAAUGUAAAAUUAAAUUGUUAUUAUUUUCAGAUCUACACCAUAAAAUAUUACAUAGAGAGCCUCUUAAAAGCAAAUUCAAUAGAUGGAUUUUCAAAGUUAAAAACCUACCAUAGUAAUCCUUAGUUGAAUUUUAACCAAUUACAACACUAAAUCAAAAUACUGUUGAUUAAUUAAAAGAGAUAUAUUUAAAAUAUGAAUAGGAAAUGAAAUAUGGAAUGUCUCGUAAAUUAAUGUUUGAGGUCUAUGAAUCUCUUAAUUUGUUCUAAAAAGAUGAAGAGAGAAUAGGAUUCUAUAGACAGUCAGGUUAUUAUAAAAAGGUAAUUUCAACCUUAUAUUAAAUUAAUAGAGAAAUUAAAAGGUUUCAAGUGUACAUUUCUAAUAAUUUAUCAAGAUAUUUGAAGAUGCCUUGAAAAAGUUGAAUAAAAAAGGAAAUACAAUUACAGAAUCAGAAUUAGUUUCCCAAUUUAUCUAAUUAUGUUCAGAAAAAUAAGAUGAAGUAAUGAUACAUUUAUAUAUUAUUAAUAUAGAUUAAGAAAUGGGAAAACAAAAUAUAAUAGAAGAGAGCUGAAUUUGUUAAAUUGCUACCUGAAUUAUAAGAUUAAAAAUAGGGACUUAUAAGAUAGAUGUUAAGUGAAAAUCCAUAUGUAACUGAAGAAUACAUUCAAUAGGAAGUAAAAUAUAAUAGUAGUUCAUAAUUAGCUUGAGAAUAAGGGAUUAUAUGGAUUGGGUACAAAGGAUAAACUUUAGAUUUAUGAUCUUCAGUUAUCUCUUCAUAAAGUACUAUUGGAUAGCAAAAAAGCAAAAUUAUACAAUAGUAUGCUUUUUGGAUAAUCCACGUUGAGUGCAUAAAAAGAGAAAAAGUUGAGAAAUAAGAUAAUGAUUGAAGAGGAGAAAGUGAAUGAACUUCAAGUGAAGAGAAAUGAAGUUGCUGAAAAGUUUAAGGUGUUAUUUAAGAAAUAAGAGAUAUUUGAUAUUUGA